CUCGGUGCCCGCCGUGCCCGCGGAGGGAGGGCCCUCGCCCGGCGAGCGGCCAAUCCGGGCGAGCGCUGGCGGCGAGCAGGGGCAGAAUGGGCUGUAGUUGAGCGAAAUAGGGAAAGCGGCGAACAGUGUGGAGCGUUCCCGGUGUAAAUAAAAGGGGGGGCGAAAAAAAAAAAAAAAGUUUGUGGAAGUCGCCGCCCUGCAGCCUCGCUCGGGCAGCGGCGCGGGGGCUUGUGCGGUGCGGGAGCCCGGCACGGAGGACUUUAGUGCGCGGCGUUAACACGCUCUGCCUAUUGUUUGUGUUUUUUUCCAAAAUAUGGCAAAGGUUCAGGUGAACAAUGUAGUGGUGUUGGAUAAUCCUUCUCCUUUCUACAAUCCUUUUCAGUUCGAAAUCACAUUCGAGUGCAUAGAGGACCUGUCUGAAGAUUUGGAAUGGAAAAUAAUUUAUGUGGGUUCAGCUGAAAGUGAAGAGUAUGAUCAGGUGUUAGACUCUGUUUUAGUUGGACCUGUUCCUGCAGGCAGACACAUGUUUGUAUUUCAGGCUGAUGCACCUAACCCAGGGCUUAUUCCAGAUGCAGAUGCAGUAGGUGUAACAGUUGUGCUAAUUACAUGCACUUACCGAGGUCAAGAAUUUAUUAGAGUCGGCUACUAUGUAAACAAUGAAUAUACUGAAACAGAACUGAGAGAGAAUCCACCAGUAAAGCCAGAUUUUUCUAAGCUUCAAAGGAAUAUUUUGGCAUCUAAUCCCAGAGUCACAAGAUUCCACAUUAAUUGGGAGGACAACACUGAAAAAAUGGAAGAUGCAGAGAGCAGUAACCCAAAUCUACAGUCCUUGCUUUCCACAGAUGCAUUACCUUCAGCAUCAAAGGGAUGGUCAACAUCAGAAAAUUCACUAAAUGUUAUGUUAGAAUCUCAUAUGGACUGCAUGUGACUAACCACCAUCCUUUUGGUACUGUAUAUGUGUUAAACUGUAAAAACAACCAGAACUAUUUCCCUCAAAUUCCAUAAGUACAUAGUUGGAGCAAUGUGAAGAACUUGUUUUAAAACAUCCUGUAGAAAGUUUAUAAAAAAAAAAAAAACCAAACCAGAAAAAACCCAACAAACAAACAGUAUUUGAGCAGAUUGUGAAAUAUAAAUACAACUAUUUUUAAGUAAUUGCUUUUUUUUUCUAAUGUGUUAUUCUAUGUGGUCUAAACCAAACCUGAUUAAAGUAUAUGUAUUCUC